GUUUUUUAACCCGCCUAUCAGUCAAUUUCCCCGGAUUAAUCCGCGGUGGCUAAAGCGCGCCUGCUGAAGAGGAAGAGGCCCGCGCGACUCCAGAAGAAACACGCUCUCGGUGUGCGCGUGCAACGUUUCGAAAAAUACAGGAAGAUUAAGAGAUAUUUGUGCAGAGAUGUCUGGCGCCAGUGUGAUCCGCGGCCCUGCUGGAAGCAAUGACUGCCGCAUUUAUGUUGGUAAUCUGCCUCCCGAUAUCCGCACUAAAGAUGUUGAAGAUGUGUUUUACAAGUACGGAGCCAUUCGAGACAUCGAUCUGAAAAACCGACGAGGCGGGCCUCCGUUCGCCUUUGUUGAGUUUGAAGACCCCAGGGAUGCCGAAGAUGCUGUAUAUGCCCGGGAUGGCUAUGACUAUGAUGGCUAUCGCCUUCGAGUGGAGUUUCCAAGGAGCGGACGGGGUAUGGGGAGAGGAGGUUUUGGAGGCGGCGGUGGUGGCGGGGGCGGUGGUGGCGGGGGCGGCGGUGGUGGGGCUCCCAGGGGUCGAUACGGACCCCCAUCCAGGCGUUCGGAGUACAGAGUAAUUGUUUCUGGGCUUCCACCAAGCGGUAGCUGGCAGGAUUUGAAGGAUCACAUGCGUGAAGCAGGUGAUGUAUGUUAUGCUGACGCUUUCCGAGAUGGAACUGGUGUGGUGGAGUUUGUCCGCAAAGAAGACAUGACCUACGCCGUUCGAAAACUGGAUAACACAAAAUUCCGGUCACAUGAGGGAGAAACUGCAUACAUCCGUGUGAAGGUGGACGGUCCCCGCAGUCCAAGUUAUGGAAGAUCAAGGUCAAGGAGCCGUAGUCGCAGCAGGAGUCGUAGUCGCAGCAACAACCGCAGCCGAAGCUACUCCCCACGGCGCAGCCGAGGAUCCCCACAAUACUCUCCUCGCCAUAGCCGCAGUCGCUCUCGGUCCUAAAGCACUCCACUAAUCACCUUUCUGGUGUAACUCAUGGGUGGAGCCGUUGACCUGUUGUUUGAUUUUUACAGUCUUUACACAUCAACCCCAUGUUUUAAUUUUUUCCCCUUGUUUCGUGAGACAAUUGUGGUCUUAUGAAUGUUGUCUUCCUGGUCUCUUCUCUGGUCACCACGCAGUUUUUCUUUUUUGUCUUUUUUUUUUUUUUUUUUAA